ACAUUCACAAAACCUCAUCAGAAAUAUAUGUUUCCCUCGACGUUUCAACCUUUCUGCGUUCACGCUCUGUUCGUCUGACGUUACACUCGUUCCUGAAAAGCGAGUUCCUUACUCUUUUGACCCCCGCGAGAUACCGUACUUUUGAAUCCGGAAGCGUAGCCGCUGUCAUCCAAAUAAACAACAUGGGCUGAUCUUGGACGAUAUCCCCAAGAGGCAAAGACCUCCAUCUACCCUGACUCUAUACCAAAGAUGACUCUGUAAACUGAGUGUUAGAGGCUUCAAUUGUAUUGGAUCCAUAAGUUUUCAAGUCAGCCAUGGCUCAGGAGGAAGAGGAAGAGCUGACGGUCGACGGACCCAAAGAGGUGGACAUGUUUACAUCAGUGAAGUGCCUUGGUUACCUGUCCAGCAUCAACCUCCUCGUGGCGGUAUGCGUGGGCAUGUACGUCCGCUGGGAGGUGACGGAUGAGCCAAUGAUCCUGGUCAUCUUCAUCCUUGGCCUCUUUGUCCUCGGGAUAGCCAGCAUCCUCCAUUACUACUUUGCCAUGGAGAAAGCCAGUCUCAGUUUGUUCCAUUUGUGGUUCGGCUUCUUGGUCGGCCUACUGUGCUUCCUCAACAGCCCUGCCUUGAACUUAAAUGUCAAAGAACUGGUCGCUAACUAUCUCCUUUUAGCUAGCGUUAUUAUGAAAACAGUAUGGGCUUUUACUGAGCGAAUAUGCAGCUCCAUUCGCUACAAACCCACCUUGCUAACUUCAUCUGAGCUACUGGAACUCCUUGGGUUUGGCAUUGCCAGCACUACAAUGCUUCUGCACAAAUCAGUGGCCAUAAUAGGCUUGGUAGUUGCACUGGGGGCUCUCAUUGUGGACCUGAGGAUGAAAUCCCUCCUUGCUUUGCCCAACCUGGUCAGUUUCGCCUUGGUUACGUCCCUUGUGUUUUUCCAGGCCCUUGGGAUCACAGCUAACCCGUAUGCAUUGGGGUGCUACCUCGGGAGGCUGCUGUGUGAGCCUGUGUUGGAUGUAUACUUUAGUGGGCUUGGGUCCAGCGAGCGAUGGAUACCCGUGCUCUCCAUGGGGAAGGUGUGGAGGAGGCUGUCCCUGCUGCCUUUAUGCCUGGUGGAGCUGUCUUUUUUUGUGCUGGCUGCCUUGAAGCUGGGCCACUUGGAGCUUUGGUAUCUGGUGAUCCCUGGCUUCUGCUUGUUUGGCCUGUUCUGGUCCAUCUGCCACAUUAUUCUGGUGAUAACAAUAUGGGGCUUCCACACAAAGUUGACUGAGUGUCAGAAGACCUGGCGGGCUCAACGGUCCAGUAGCAGGAGUCUCAACCAAGUCAUGGCCUCGAGGGGGAUUCGGCACUUCUGCCUCAUUUCAGAGCGUCUGGUGUUUUUUAGUAUGCUGUCCACGGUUGUACUGGGGGCUGUGUCCUGGCAGCCCUCCAACGGUCUCUUCCUCAGCUCUCUGCUUGUGGUGCUGCCUAUCGAGUCUCUGACCCACGGCUUGUUCCAUGAGCUGGGCAGUUGCCUGGGGGGAACCUGCGUUGGAUACGCCCUGGUCAUACCCACAGCUUACUGCAGCCCUGAUGGCCAGCCGGCUCUCCUUCCACCUGAGCAUGUCCAACAGCUCAACCUCCGUUCUACAGGAAUGCUUAACAACAUCCAGCGGCUCUUCUCUCACCACAUGGUCCAGACGUUCGGCUGCGACUACUCCACCAGCGGUGUUACGCUAGAGACCUUGCUGACCAAGCUAAAGAGCUUUCUGGAGCUGCGAACAGAGGACGGGCCUCGCCAUGACACCUAUCUGAUUUUCUACAGCGGGCACACGCAUAAAGGCACAGGGGCAUGGGCUCUGGCUGGAGGUGAGAGCUUCCACUUGUCCCAGCUGCUUGAGCUGUGGAAGGAGAAGAACGCCGGCCACUGCUCCCGCCUCAUCCUCGUCCUGGACACCGAAAACUCCCUCCCCUGGGUGAAGGAGGUGCGCAGGAUGGAGGGCGUCUACGUGGCCGUGCAGGGAGCCGAGCUUGCGGUCACCAGGGUGGACCCCGAGGCUGGAGAACUCCCCUUCCUUGGUGAUUUCACUCAUGAAUGGGUGGAGUUCAACUGCAACCCAGACAGUGACACCCAGUGGUCGGAGAAGGGAAGGACAGUCACAGCAGCCUACGGGGUUUCAAAACGGUGGAGCGACUACACACUUCACCUGCCCACGGGAAGUGAUGUGGCCAAGCACUGGAAGACCCACUUUCCCAAGGCUACGUAUCCCAUGGUGCACCUCUCCAACUGGUGCUGCGGCCUCAAUCUGUUCUGGUUAUGUAGUGUGUGUUUGCGCUGUUUCAGGAGGUGUAAGCUAGCUUGGUUUCCUCCAGCUGUACUGGACACUGGGCUGGGCAUCAAACUGGUGCACUCUUAAGAACGAUGGAAGCCUGUGAGUACACUACAUUUGGAAUGUUACAAUUUGUGUUGCACAACUGGGAAUGAGUUGUUUAGAAGAGACUCUCCUUAUUUUCAUUACAAGACUUUCCUUAUGAUUCAAAUGUGGCCUUCAGCAUUCCCUCAUGAUUUUGUUGUCACUUUAAAUCCAUUAAACAUGGUGAUUUCAUAGCAAAACAUCAGCUUUUUAUUAUGUUUGUGUAAAGGAAACAUUUUUUGUCUCAGUAAGAGUACUGGUUUUGAUUUAGGACCACGAAAAAAGACAAAAAAUAUUUGUAUCCAUGUUAGUUUGUGGUAUUUUUUUGCUUUUUUUAUUUUUACAUUUUUUUUGUACUUUCUGCACAAUUAUUACCCUAGAAAGGUUUUUUGGUCAACUAUUGAUUUUCUUUCUUUAACAUAGUGCCUUGGGAGUUGAUUGUGGAGCUCUAACAUAAAUGCCAUUUUAUUUUAAACAUAAUAUAUUCAGAGCCUUUCUUUUGCUGCUUAUUUAUAUUCAGAAGAUUUAGCCCACACUCUUAACUCAAACUGUGGGCAAGGAGGGUCUCCGUGUCUUCCAAGAGCCAUUCAGCAUUAUCGACAUAAUGACUGUUGUGGGGCUGAACUCGGUGAACCGCUGGUUAUAGGGGCAAGCUUACAAAAAUACCAGCCUGCCAUUCUUGCUGUGGGAUCUUGACUUGUCAAAUUUAAACUGUUGAUAAUAAACUGUUUUUGAUAUGCUUAUAUUUCCAGACUGAACUAAAAAGGAACAGACACAAAUGCUGAGACAGUAUUGUGCCCCAUCCUGUUUUUUUUGCAUUUUUUAACAUGUAAUUUUGUUGGAAAACAGAGUUGGUACACAAUAAAUAUCUCCAUUACAGAACUA